CUUAGUUAUAUUUUGAAACAGAAUGAAAUCGGUUUGUUGUGUUCUCUUUAUACUUUGGUUCAUUAUUGCUCUUCAAGCAGAACCAAAUGAUGAAAAACAGAUCAAUCGACAUCAUUAUUCCAGAUCAAUCAACGCAAUGAUUAACUUACUGUAUUUGAGCGAUACUUUGGCUUUCAAUCUCGAUCUAUUCAGGAUAACUUUAACCAAUAAAAUCGCUGUAAUAAAUUUGGGUAUCGAGAAUAUGAAAGCUAGACAUAAGAAGGCAGCACAGAACACGAGUGAUUACUUGGAAAAUUCUUUGAAUAGUUUCUCCCUAUUGCGACAUAUGCAAUCUGAUUGGCUGUAUUGGCAGCUUUAUAUGGAAAACGCUGAUUCGUUUCAACUUAGUUAUAUGGAAGAGGUAAAAUCCUAUCAGCCUCAAUCAAACGACUUCAUCGAUGCGGCGGAAAGCUUAAGACGUCUCCAAAAGGUCUACCAGAUGUCAUCCUUAGAUAUGGCGAAUGGACUACUUGAUGGCGUGCAGUACAAGUCUACUUUCACCCCUUUAGACUGUUUUGCCUUGGCGAAGUAUAAUUCCGACAACAGAUUUUGGCAAACCGCUGAACAGUGGUUGAAUGCCACAAUCUCGAGAUUCGGUCAACCAAACCAUCGACCGGAAAUCCACAAACUUCACGGUCUUCGCUUGGAUGCGGUUUACGAUGAAUUGGCUAGAGUUCGCCUUAAUCAAAAUAAAUAUGCGGAGGCUUUGCAUGCCCAACGAAAAGCUCUUGAGUUGGCUCCCAGAGAUGCCAAUUUAUUGCAUAAAUUUCACUCACUGCAAACACAUAUCCUUACGUUUCCCUCUUUUCUUGACACUUCCUUUGAGAAUAAUGUUACUGCUUUUGAUGCUGGUGUCCUUCCAUAUUGUUGUAAUGGCAAAUGUCAGGUAUCAAAAGAGCUUAAACUCUAUUGCCUCUACAACACGAAAGAUUCAUACUUUCUUCGAAUUGCACCAGUCAAAAUGGAGGUUUUAUCUCUCGAUCCGUAUAUAGUGCUUUACCAUGAUUUCAUUUUAUCCAGCGAGCAAGAAUUUCUUAAAGCAGAAAGUAUUGAAAGGUUAUCAGUGGCCGAAACCGUCGAUCCAGACACAGGUAAAUGGUACGCCGACGCUUCCCGCACUGCAAAAGCUAUGUGGUUUUACGAUACCUCGUCAGUUGUAAUCCGACGGAUUAAUCAGCGGAUUGAAGAAAUUACAAAUUUGGAUCCAGAAAAGGGAGAUCUCUAUCAAAUCAUUAGCUAUGGUAUUGGCGGACUAUUUCAAACACAUUAUGAUUAUCUACACGAGAAUGAGAAUCGACGCAAGGGAUUCGCUGAUCGAAUGUCAACAUUCGUUUUCUAUCUUCAAGAUGUGCCACAGGGUGGAGCUACACUUUUCAAUAAUAUAAGCCUCAGUGUAUUUCCAAAAGCAGGUGCUGCAUUAUUUUGGUAUAACUUGAAUAAUGCAGGGGACACAGAGUGGAAUGUGGCACAUACUGGUUGUCCGGUUAUAGUCGGCUCAAAGUGGAUAAUGACCAAAUGGAUACAAGACGUGGGACAAGAGUUUAGAAAGCCAUGCCUUGCAAUCUAAAUUAACUUGUUGGCUACCUGUUCCAUUCGUUUGAAAUGCGACUCAGCCACUCAGAAGUACUUAGAAAUUAAAAUAUGCAAAAAUUAAAGCUCCAAAAUUUUCUCAAAAGAAACUGUAAACCAUUUUUUAUCUUUGCCUAAAUUAAACGCUUUUCCUAGUAAUUAUUUC